GUUAUCUUGACUCUGACGAACACGUCUUUGGUACCGCGGAAGUGUCAUUCAUUUACUGGAAAUGUUUGCUAUCAGGAAGAGUCGCAGCUGCAGAAAAUAGCAAGCUCCCCGAGGUCUCCACAUUUGGUGCAUUCAUGAAGGAAGAAGAAUGCGUCUUGGGAUACUGAUUUUUGUGAUUUUUUACUUAGGCGUUUGUCUAGGUGAUGUUGGUGGACCUGUCCAAGGGGCUGUUGGGUCAAAUGAAAAGCCUACCAACACUGAGAAGAAAAAUGUGACGACAAAACCUGAACCUGAACCUGAAUCAGCAGGUUUUGACAAAAAUGGUGCAGAUAAGGCUCCACAACAUUCCACAGCAGAGAGAGGUAGUGGUAAUGCAGCAGGAAAAGUAAUCUCCUCUGCAAAGGAAGAUGCAGUCACUGGAAAGGAUGACCAUGCCAUGAGUGAAAAUGCAGUCACGGAAGACGCAGGAAAGGGUGGCUCCACAGCAAAUAGAGAAGCAGCAAAGAGUGGUUCAGCAGGAAAUGUAGAAGCAGGGGAUGGUGGUUUUGCAGGAAAAGCAGAACCAGGAAAGAGUGGUUCAGCAGGAAAUGUAGAAGCAGGGGAUGGUGGUUCUGCAGGAAAAGCAGAACCAGGAAAGAGUGGUUCAGCAGGAAAUGUAGAAGCAGGGGAUGGUGGUUCUGCAGGAAAAGCAGAACCAGGAAAGAGUGGUUCAGCAGGAAAUGAAGAACCAGGAAAGAGUGGUUCAGCAGGAAAUGAAGAAGCAGGGGACGGUGGUUUCACAGGGAAAGGAGAAGCAGGAAAGAGUGUUACAGCAGGAAAUGAAGAACCAGGAAAGAGUGGUCCAGAAGGAAAUGUAGAAGCAGGGGACGGUAGUUCAACAGGGAAAGCAGGAAAGAGUGGUUCAGCAGGAAAUGAAGAACCAGGAAAGAGUGAAGAGGGAAAGAGUGGUUCAGCAGGAAGUGGAGAAGCAGGAAAGAGUGGUUCCGAAGGAAAUGGAGAAACAGGGGAUGGUGGUUCCGCAGGGAAAGGAGAAGCAGGAAAGACUAAAGGAGAGAUACUCUCUAUCGACUCCAACAGCUCAGGGAAACAUGUAGAUGAUGCAGAAAGCAGCCAUUUCUUUGCUUACCUUGUCUCUGCUGCAACACUGGUGGCAUUACUCUACAUUGGAUACCACAACAAACGAAAGAUCAUUGCAUUUGUAGUAGAGGGAAAGAGAUCAAACUCCACACGGAGAACAAAAAGCGGAAAAUAUCAGAAGCUUGAACAACAGAUUUGAAGUAUUAGCUCUUGGUGACUGAAAUGAGUCCUGCCAGCCAUAGGAGUUGUUUAUACGACCAAUUCUGUAGGUCCAGCAAAGCUGACCAGUACUUUGCCAUAGUUGUGGCAUCAUCCAUCAGAAGCUCCAGAUAAAGUGGACAGAACUCCAAUAAUGUUGCACUAAUGUUACAAUUUGUUCACUGUGCAAUGAAAGAUUUAUAGUAUUCUAGUUCUGUAACAAAUUUCCCUCAAGUGUUGUGUCCAGGUAAUUCUUUUUGGCAUAGUAGGUGUUGUGUCCAGUUAAUUUAUGAAGCCUAGGAUUGGUAAGAGUUAUUUUAAAAACCAUUUAGCAUUCUAAAGUUUGAUCAUUUUGCCUUUGAAAAUAAAUGUAUCAGUGUGUGUAGAUAUUUUAUACGUUAUAAUAGGUAUAAUAAGGAUGCCUUAUAUGACAUGACAUGUUCAGGAAUAUGAAAGAGAGGUGUAUGGAUUGAGUGUUUUGCACAUAUUCUCAUGCCACUGUCAGGGGAAUGCCUUUUGACCAGAGAAAGAAUUAGGUUUGACUCAGGGGGCUUUCGAAGCCGGAGGGAUUUGAGAGUGCGUGCGUGUGUGUGUGAGAAAAAUGUUUGUCUGAGGCUGCCUCUGCCAAAUGAAUGUAACAAGAGUGGUUUUAAUUGCACGGAUGAAAUGAUUUUGCUGAACUGUGCCCUUCACUAUGUAUGGAGAGACUCUAUCUGAUGGAGUAUUACCUGCAUUGAGGUUUCUUUUCCCCCCAGACACUGUACCUGCCAUGGUUUUUGACAGAAGUGCUGCGAGAUAUCUGAAUGCAAAUUUCCUCCUUACUGGGGGAAGUUCCUGUUAGAUAAUUUUGAGAAGACAUUUGAAAACCACUAAACUAGGCAUUUGCAUAUGGAAUGAAAGCACGCCUGCACAGAAGGUUCAGGGGCACAUUGUUGUACUUCUGUUUUUGUUUUUUUUCGGUUUUGUUCUUUUUUUAUGUGCAUAAUUUUAAGCGUCUGCUUAUUUUCUGAAGCUCUUUUCAAUUGCAACAAUAUAGAAUAGCAUUUUUUUUUUGGAUGGUGUUCUGUUCACAAUCUCCUUUGUUCAGAUGUAUUCUCUGUGGCAUCAGCAGUCUUCUAGUGUCCUUCAGUGCUACAGUUACCUUCCGAAGCAAUACAAGUGCCAAGCUACUGCCUGUGGUUACUAGAGUACAGCCAAAAUAACAUGCACCAUUACAUCUUCAUGUACCAAACAGCAUUUCAUACAUUAAUUAUUGUUGUUCCUUUAGGAAAAUAUUGCGAUAUCACGAUCAGUUUCUCUCAGCUGUUUACCUGAAAGAAAGGUAGCUGUGAGUAUCCUAAGAGUGUGUGUAUUUAUUAAAUCACAAGAAAUCCACAAGCAUUUUAGACGCUAAGCCUAUUAGUAACUGUUUACAAUAUAACUGGUUUUAAGUACAUGUCAAGUGAAAAAGAAACAUUGCUGAUUGCAGGUGGUUUUAUGCUAGUAUUCUGCACAGUUCUGAUUGGUCUUUGGAUAAGUCCAGGUUUCUGCUAUGUGUAAAAUGUACCUCUUAGUUUCAAGGUAACCUAAUGUGCAUGAUUUAACGUGCUGCCCAUUGGAAAUGUGGUCUUUAUCUCCCAGGUAUGAUCACCGGAAUUGUGCCAAACAGGACUACUGUCUUGAAGGUUUUUGUUUGUUUGUUUGUUUGUUUGUUUGUUUGUUUGUUUCAAAUAGAUUCCAAGCAGUGCUAAAAUUGAACAUAAGAGAGAGACAUUGUUGGUGUUGGUGUAAAACUGAAUCCCUUUAUCUCUGAUGUUUUUUUUAUUUAUUUUUUUUACUUAUUUUGCACACAAGAGUUUUGACAUAUUUUUUAGCCAGCACAUUGCUUUCUGUAUAGCACUGGCUUCUGUCACUUUUAACUUUUUGAAUGCUGGACCCGUUUUAAAAUCCCACAGGCUAAUGGUUUUGUACAAGUCUUGAUGCCACAAUUUUUCCUCUGAAAAAAAAAAGAUAAUUCACUCCAUAAUGAACUGAAUAAAGAUGUUUUCAUGUA